AUGGUGGCAUUUCCAGGUUUGCAUUACUUUACUGUUCUUUUUGGCCAUGAAGGGCAGAAGCCACUGGAGCUGCGUUGUGAUGAUGAAGCUGAUGGAGAUGAAUGGGUAGAAGCUAUUCACCAAGCUAGUUAUUCAGAUAUUCUGAUUGAAAGGGAGGUGUUAAUGCAGAAGUACAUUCAUCUUGUCCAGAUUGUCGAGACCGAAAAGAUUGCGGCUAAUCAGCUUCGACAUCAGCUUGAAGAUCAAGACACAGAAAUUGAAAGACUUAAAUCUGAGAUUGUAGCUCUCAACAAAACAAAAGAAAGAAUGCGACCUUAUCAAGGCAACCAGGAAGAUGAGAACCCAGAUAUUAAAAAAAUUAAAAAGGUCCAGAGCUUUAUGCGGGGGUGGUUAUGUAGAAGAAAAUGGAAGACUAUUGUCCAAGAUUAUAUUUGUUCUCCCCAUGCAGAAAGCAUGAGAAAAAGGAAUCAGAUAGUUUUUAACAUGGUGGAGGCUGAAUCUGAAUAUGUACAUCAACUUUAUGUUCUUGUGAACUGUUUUCUGCGGCCCUUAAGAAUGGCUGCAAGUUCAAAGAAGCCACCUAUCAGUCAUGAUGAUGUUAGUAGCAUUUUCCUCAACAGUGAAACUAUCAUGUUUCUUCAUGAGAUAUUUCACCAAGGCUUAAAAGCAAGAAUAGCUAACUGGCCUACAUUAAUCCUAGCUGAUCUAUUUGACAUUCUACUGCCAAUGCUGAACAUAUAUCAAGAAUUUGUUCGGAAUCAUCAAUAUAGUCUACAAGUACUGGCAAACUGUAAGCAAAACAGAGAUUUUGACAAACUCUUGAAGCAAUAUGAAGCCAACCCAGCAUGUGAGGGGCGAAUGCUGGAAACUUUCCUUACUUACCCCAUGUUUCAGAUUCCUAGAUAUAUUAUAUCACUUCACGAACUACUGGCUCACACACCACAUGAACAUGUUGAGCGAAAAAGCCUUGAAUUUGCUAAAUCUAAACUAGAAGAACUUUCAAGGGUGAUGCAUGAUGAAGUGAGUGACACAGAAAACAUCAGGAAGAAUCUAGCCAUAGAAAGAACGAUAGUAGAAGGCUGUGAUAUAUUACUAGAUACCAGUCAAACCUUUAUACGCCAAGGUUCCCUUAUUCAAGUUCCUUCAGUUGAAAGGGGAAAACUUAGUAAAGUUCGUCUGGGAUCAUUAUCUUUGAAGAAAGAAGGAGAAAGGCAGUGCUUCUUAUUUACAAAACAUUUUUUAAUUUGUACAAGAAGUUCAGGAGGAAAACUGCAUCUGCUCAAGACAGGAGGUGUUCUGUCUUUAAUAGAGUGCACACUGAUCGAGGAGACAGAAGCAAGUGAUGAUGAUUCAAAAGGUUCUGGACAAGUGUUUGGACACCUUGAUUUCAAGCUUGUAGUUGAACCUACAGAUGCUCCUUCUUUUACUGUUGUCCUUUUAGCCCCAUCACGACAGGAGAAAGCUGCAUGGACAAGUGAUAUAAGUCAGUGCAUUGAUAAUAUAAGGUGCAAUGGUUUAAUGACCAUAGUGUUUGAAGAAAACUCUAAAGUCACAGUGCCACAUAUGAUAAAAUCUGAUGCUCGUCUUCAUAGAGAUGACAUUGAUAUCUGCUUCAGCAAAACACUGAAUUCCUGCAAAGUACCCCAAAUCCGUUAUGCAAGUGUUGAGCGCCUUUUGGAGCGGCUGACAGAUCUGCGAUUUCUAAGUAUUGAUUUUCUGAAUACUUUCUUGCAUACUUACCGCAUAUUUACUACUGCAGCUGUGGUGUUGGAAAAACUUUCAGACAUAUACAGACGGCCCUUUACUUCUAUUCCUGUCAGGUCUCUGGAGUUGUUCUUUGUUACUAGUCAAAACAAUAGAGGAGAGUACCUGGCUGAUGGGAAGUCACCACAUCUCUGUCGCAAGUUUUCUUCUCCUCCUCCCUUGUCACUCUCCAGAACGUCCUCACCCGUCAGAGCCCGAAAACUGUCAUUGACCUCACCACUGAAUUCAAGGAUUGGUGCCCUUGACCUCUCUGCUUCAUCUGUGGCAAGCAGUCCUACCUCAACCUACAGCCCAGCCACUUCCCCACCACCAUCGGGUAGCAAAGUACCACUGGACCUUAGCAAAGGGCCCUCGUCACCUGAGCAAAGCCCUGGCUCCAUAGAGGACAGCUUGGAGAACCCUAGGGUUGACCUCUGUAACAAGUUGAGGAGAAGCAUUCGAAGAGCAGCAGUUCUAGAGUCUAUGUCAGUGGACCGGACAAUUCCUGAAAGCACCUCAGCAGUGGACACCACAGAGCUUUCCCCAUGUAGAUCCCCUUCGACACCACGUCACCUCCGCUAUCGUCAGCCAGGAGUCCAAACUGCUGACAACACCCACUGUUCAGUCUCUCCUGCAUCUGCUUUUGCCAUUGCUACAGCUGCAGCAGGGCACGGGAGUCCACCAG